AUGCACUUUAAUCCAACGUGCUUCCUUGACUUCCUACAGAUCCGUUUCCACUGCAUCGAUCCUCCUGGAUGCCGUAAUCGAACCGAACACCUGUUCCUGGGCCCCGACCCUUCUGAAUCCAGUACCAUUACUUCCACUUCCCUGAUUAGCUGGUCGACCAGGUUUCGACAUCGCUUGUCCGGCUCUUGUUUGGAGCGUUAUGCACAAAUGCCUGUUUUUGCGCGCAAAUAUGCUACUCGCCAAGUAUCUUCUGAUGCGACCUUCGUCCUCCACAGGCCUUUUGAGCAAACCAAGGUUAAAAAGACGAAUCGUACUCGUGUUAGGACUCCGGCACAUGUUUUCAAGCUGGUUGAAUUAAAUCUGGACGACCUGGAGCCGCGAGCCCUUUAUGAGAUGACCAUGUGCAGUUGGAGACCUGAAUCUGCCGUCUGUCUGCCGAUCUCUCGUUCAACGGAAGUCUUUCGUACUGGAAUCUCUGGUUCGCGUGACUUAACUCUACUGUUAAACUGA